AGGGUUGUUCCAUCUCCGUAAUCGGCGCUGGUGCUACGCUCUCACCACGUAUCCGACGAUUAAACGUAUCCGGACACGCUCGACGGCCCAGCCAGAAACGGUGCCGGCGCGAACGGUUGCUGGCCGACGUUUCAGGUGCACCGGCUACCAGCUGAACCCACUGGCCGGACGAGAAAAAUGGGGCGUACGCCGAGCCACGAGAGACGGAUCGAUCGCGAAACAAACGUACACUGGAUGGACGACGUGCAGUAACGUUUGUCGAGCGGAAAGCAGCGGAACGUAGGCCAGCAAGAGAGCCGUACGGAGGUCGCGUCCGUGAAAGUAGUCGCGCCAUAGUGCGGUGGCCGAUUUUACGUGUCUCGUGUUCUGUUCGUUCAAGAACCGUCCGUGACAACGCGGAGGAACAUCGUGGCAGUGCGGGAAACGGAGGGAACCAAUCGACGGAUUCGAAAACGACCAACGAGGAUAAACGCGAGUUUACGGUGCGUGGGUGAAAGUGCUCGUGUCACCGUGUAUUAGGAGGUCGAGGUCGUGUCACGGGUACCGGGAGGCACAUCGACGUUCGGUAGAAUUACCGAACCGCGGUUCGAGGUCAGGCGUGAUCCGAUGUCGAUCGGAGUUCUCGUGACCCUGGAGAGAUCGAGCUACGAGUAAUUGGGCGACCAGCUCGAGAACACCAUAGGAGGCCUAUCGCACGAGAAGAAAGAGGUGACACACCGGGAAUCAACCAAGUGGAGGAGCUCGAGGGGUGCUUGAAGAGACGACGACGUCGAGAGGACAGACGGAGAAAGUGUGUCACCGACGUGGUACGAGGCGCCUCGAGGUGCCUUAGGUUAGGUCGUCGCUAGAGUCCCUUCGCACGAAGCGACGCUGAUACUACGCGAUUUCGUAACGUUCAAAUUUUCCCUCCGUGAACAACGAUAUGCACCGACCUUCGAUGUUCGGUUAAAGGAAACUCUCUGUCGAAUAGGUCAAACUGUGGAACGUUAACAAAUCGGAUUUAAUUGAAACGAACAUAAUCCUGACGUGAAAACGCGGACAGCGGAACGAAAAUCUUGCUAACAAGGUUCCAUCGAUCCAAUUAGGAAAAGUGAAUCGAUCAAGCGCGGUCUAAGUGUUGACUCGCUUAUCUACUAGUGGCCGGAAAAGAAUCAUCAACAUCAAUUGUGCGUAACGUGAUUGUGAAGUGAUACUCUCCCAAAGGAGCAUUCGGUCGAUUGACCCGCAUCAGAAGUGUGUAACUCAGCGUGUAUGUGCGCGGUUCAACGGAAGAAACCUGGUGGCAACGUGUGGUCCCAGCGUGUCCAGUGUCAACUUUCGAUCAUCCACUUAUUCUAUCCCUUCAUUAGCAAGAUAAUAUAACCUUACAGCUAUACCACUCUCGCAUUUCACGUACGAAAAAUUCUAGAGCUUCGAUUCAUCAAAACUACUCGUCCUUGGUGUAGACGCUACCCGAAGCUAACCUGUAACCGUUUGCUUGUCUACCACAAGUCAUAAAAGGACGGCGAAGAGAAGACUCGGCUACAAUUUCGCACGGACGUGUGCAUAGUUACUCUCUCUUUCCAUAUUCGUCGGCCACGCUCGCAGUCGAAGACGAUCCGCGCGUGCGUGCUCACGUGCGAAUGCAGCCGGUACAACGUGGCUAGCGAGUACAACAACGAGCUGAUCGACCCGCGUUACGCUCGAGUCUGACAACCUUACGACCCGCGCUCGUCAGCUCGCCAACUGCCGAGGUACACCUUCGUUGGUGAUGUGACGAACAGGAAACACGACGAGUAACCGUUCAAGCGACACCGGUGAAAUUCGCGUUCACGAACAAUCUGAUGAACAUCAUCUAGCAGCGAAUUCAGCUACGAACAGAAAGCAUGCAUCUCUCGCAGGUGAGCAGCAACGUGGGCGUGCUAUUGCCGUUCCUGGUGGUGUUGCUGAGCCAGGUAGCCUUGUCCUUUGUGCUGGAGGGCUCAGCCACGAGCUAUGCCCAAUUCAGAAAGUGGAACGCAGGCCUGAAUGGCACGCUGGAGUUCGAGUUCAAGACCGAACAAGGCAACGGUCUGUUGCUGUACACGGACGACGGCGGUACCUAUGACUUCUUCGAGGUGAAAUUGGUCGAAAGCGCGCUCAGGCUGAGAUACAACCUUGGCGGAGGAGCGCAGAUCGUCACCGUCGGCCACGAUCUCGGCGACGGCCACUGGCACAAGGUGCAGAUCACCAGGUGCAACGAGAACACCACGCUGACAGUGGACGGCGUCAGCGCCGUCUCGACGUCGAGGGGUAAGGAAUUCGAGUUUGGGAAACUGAUGGGAAAUUCCGACGUCUACGUCGGUGGCAUGCCCAGCUGGUACAACAGCAAGCUCACGUUGCUCGCGUUACCGAGCGUGAUUUUUGAGCCGCGGUUCAACGGAUUCAUCAGGAACCUCGUGUACGCCGAUGGGGAGAACACGGUGCCCAGAAGACAGGAAAUGAAGAGUCGGGAUGCUAAGUGUGGUGGAUUUCCGUGCGUCGAGAAUGUGAAACGCAAAUCGCCAAGGAGUUUACGCAACAUGAUGACAACCAAUACGACAGAUGCCUGUGAAACUCGUGAUCCCUGCCAACAUGGCGGUAUCUGUAUUUCCACCGACAGUGGACCCAUCUGUGAGUGCAGGUCCGGCGAUUAUGAGGGUGCCUAUUGUGAGAAAGAUAAAGCACCCUCCGAGGCGUCCUUCAAAGGAACGGAGUAUCUCACGAUAGAUUUGAGCAAAGGUGAUCCAGUUUUGAGCACGCAGGAAUCCAUUAGCUUGCAGUUUAAAACCAGACAACCGAAUGGACUUCUAUUUUAUUCGGGCAAUCUAUGCGGUCGUACUUCCUGCCCAAAUGGAGAAGGGGAUGAUUAUCUAACCGUGUCUCUGAGAGACGGUGGAGCAGCUGUUGGAAUGACUUUAGCCAAAGGAAGAUUAGAUCUUCAUAUAAAACCGGGCAGGGUUCGGUUCGAUGAUAAUCAGUGGCACAAAAUCAUCGUGCACAGGAAGGUCCAAGAU